AAAUCUACGAAUUCCUUUUGGCCUGUCAUUGUUUGCCUGCCAACAUUUUGCAUAAGAUAUUUGAUCCUUCUGAACUCAGUUCCCUUUUAUGCUGCCAUUCCAUGCAUCUAGAUAUUUUGCUCCUUUUUUUUUGUAGGCAUGUUGACAGUUUCUUAGGUAUAUGCUCAUGUUCCAGGAAGAUGGCUUUUUAAAAUUUAUCUUCACAUCUUUAAUACUCAACGAUAGAGGAGAGAUUUCUGUUUUGCAAAUGGAACAAUUUUGAAUGACUUAACCAAAGACAGCAAAGCUGUCAUGUGAGCCAUGUAAUGUGUGUACCCUCUCGAUCUUUCCAGGGGAACUAAGGGUUUGGUCUCUUGUACAGUUCCUUUCUGUGAUAUGGGGGUUAAGUUGCGCCAGCAUAUGCGGAGCAUAUGUCUACAAUGACAGUAACUAUGAUAGAUAAAAGCAUAACUUUUGGAAGUUAUUAGAAACAGUUGUUAAUCCUGGUGGACUUUAACUUUCCUCAAGUCAUGUAGUAUGGGAUGCGGGGAAAUGAAAUGUCUUGAAAACGGGUACAGUAAGUCCUCUACAUACAAACCUUAAGAUGCGGACGUGUGUACACAUGUCCAAUCACGUAAGUUAAUUCAGGUGUCUGGUGUACAUUGUCACAUGCGUGCAUCCUCUACAAGUGGUUGUGCUUUAGCAUACUUUACAGUACUGUAUGCAGUACAGGAGGACAGUAUCUGUAUUUUAAGCCCAGGAUGUCUGGAAACAAGCAUAAAAGCAGUGACGUAGGUGGCACUGCUGAUAAACGAAAGAGUUUCAUGAUGCAGGAAGUGGUAAGGGGGUUUUCUUUAUGUGAGGAGGUACUGUUCGUUUUUGAGGCAGAGGACCCGAACGUAGAACGGUACACGAAAGUUGAAGCAACCAUUCAGAAUGCAAUCCAGUGCUACUGUGUCAUCUGACGAGGAAAAAAGCUAGUACCCAGAUAGCACUGGAUCGUUUUUUCAAGAGGGUAGAUAGAAUUGAAUCCAGCAAGGGACCAGAACCUGUGCCAUCAACGUCAGGCAUGAGUGAAAUUGCAGCUUGCCCUCCAUCUCCUAUUGCUGAUGAUCCUUCAGCUCUACCAUCUCCCACCUCCAGUCAGUAACUCAUGGCCUAUUCACUUGAGGCCAGCCCCUGUAUGCUAGCUGUUGUACUUUUCAAGGUACUGUAAAACUUAAAAUGUUUCUUAUAUUUUUUUGUGUUUGUUUUUUAUGUAUUUGUGUGAAAAAUAUUAUAAACCUAUUACAGUACAGUACCAUAUAGUCGAUUGUGUUAGUUGGGUACCUAGGCUAACUUUGUUGUACUUUGUCCGCUCUCAGAACAGAACUUGUUCAUAUGGGAACUUACAGUAACUGUUCAGUCAGACAUUCCAACGUGGAUACCCCGGGAGGUCACUCCCCGGGCUCUGUCCUGGUGGCGUAGGGGAGCAUAGGGCUCUGCCCCAUGAUGUACAGUCCCUUUCCACAACGUUGGAGAUGAAGCUGGGCCUCGUCCGCGCCUGCAUAUUCCUACAGCUUCUCAGAGUCCUGUGGACAAUGACUGAGGAGACAAACCAUGCAGUGAGACAUCUAGUAAACCAGAAUUGAAAAGUAAAAUAAGAUUGUUAUGUAUGAAUCUAAUUCUUUUUUGUCCUUUUCAUUCAGGAGAGAAGAGGAGCCUUGCCUGACUUGUGCAGUUAACAAUGCUUUGUUUGGCAGGGAGAUUAGUAAAGACAGGAAGAUGCCACCCAAGCGUAUAACUAAGAGAAGGUCAUCCCCCGAAGAUGCCCUCCCCAAAAGCAAGAAGGUGAAGGACCCUCGUAACCAGGCAGUGAGGGCCGUUGCCUCCCGCCGUGUUCCAGGCGCCCGCUCCUGCCAAGGUGCCUGCGGGCCGAGCCCUCCCGACCAGAAAGCCCGACCAGUCUCACAUAGGUCCCACAACACAGAACCGGGUUUGGUGCUGACACUGGGCCAGGGCGACGUGGGCCAGCUGGGGCUGGGCGAGAAUGUGAUGGAGAGGAAGAAGCCAGCCCUGGUGCCCUUUCCAGAGGACAUCGUGCAGGCUGAGGCUGGGGGCAUGCACACUGUGUGUCUAAGCAAAAGUGGCCAGGUCUACUCCUUCGGCUGCAAUGAUGAGGGUGCCCUGGGAAGGGACACAUCAGUGGAGGGCUCAGAGAUGGUCCCUGGGAAAGUGGAACUGCAAGAGAAGGUGAUACAGGUGUCAGCAGGAGACAGUCACACGGCAGCCCUCACCGAGGAUGGCCGUGUCUUCCUCUGGGGCUCCUUCCGGGACAAUAAUGGUGUGAUCGGGCUCUUGGAACCCAUGAAAAAGAGCAUGGUGCCUGUGCAGGUGCAGCUGAGUAUGCCCGUGGUGAAGGUGGCCUCAGGGAACGACCACUUGGUGAUGCUGACAGUUGAUGGCGACCUCUAUACUUUGGGCUGCGGGGAGCAGGGCCAACUGGGCCGCGUGCCUGAAUUAUUUGCUAAUCGUGGUGGCCGGCAGGGCCUCGAACGACUCCUGGUCCCCAAGUGUGUGAUGCUGAAAUCCAGGGGAAGCCGGGGCCAUGUCAGAUUCCAGGAUGCCUUCUGUGGUGCCUACUUCACCUUUGCCAUCUCCUCUGAGGGCCAUGUGUAUGGCUUUGGCCUCUCCAACUACCAUCAGCUAGGAACCCCAGGCACAGAAUCUUGCUUUGUACCUCAGAACCUGACGUCCUUCAAGAACUCCACGAAGUCCUGGGUGGGCUUCUCUGGUGGCCAGCACCAUACAGUCUGCAUGGAUUCAGAAGGCAGAGCAUACAGCCUGGGCCGGGCUGAGUAUGGGCGGCUGGGCCUUGGGGAAGGUGCCGAGGAGAAGAGCAUACCCACCCUCAUCUCCAGGCUGCCCGCCGUCUCCUCGGUGGCUUGUGGGGCCUCUGUGGGGUAUGCUGUGACCAAGGAUGGUCGUGUUUUUGCCUGGGGCAUGGGCACCAACUACCAGCUGGGCACAGGACAGGAAGAGGAUGCCUGGAGCCCCGUGGAGAUGACAGGCAAACAGUUGGAGAACCGUGUGGUCUUAUCUGUGUCCAGCGGGGGCCAGCACACAGUCUUACUAGUCAAGGACAAGGAACAGAGCUGAUGAAGCCUCUGAGGGCCUGGUUUCCGGCCCCCCCCCCCCACCUCCCUCCUGGAACAAGGAAGCCGUGAUGUCUACAUAUUCCAGCAGGCCUCUUCCAGCUCCAAGUACUCUGUCAUCUCCUGCCUUUUUCCCAUCAGCAGAAAAGAAUCCUUCUCUUUUUUUUCCCUCAUUUUCUGGAAUCAUCCUGGGACCUACAGGAUGAGGGUGGGAUAGAUGGAAGAGGGGAGGGGGUUUUAAUCAGAAGGAACAUUGCUGACCCCACAGCUAUGUGGUUAGACCUUUCCCCCUCAUCCCUACUUCCCAUGGUCCUGGCUGACCCUGGUUUUGCCUAUCAAAAACCAAAACUUCCUCCCCUGCGUGUUUGGUGCCCAUACUCUGAGAAGUCGGGGCUCCAUCAAGCCCUGCUCUAGUCGUGUGCCACUCUUCCUGUCCUUCACAACCCACAGACAGACAGGUGGUGCAGUCCUGAGACCCAGCUGCCAUGGACCUAUAACUGGAGAAGGGGCAGGGCUACCCAGCCAUGGGCAACCCCAAGCCAAAUAUUUGGCCCUGAACAGGUGCCCAUGGGGCAAAAAGAAAAACAGUGAUCCUCCGAUUGAUCAAGAAAAAAGCCAAUCAGCCUUUCUCCCAGAAGCACAAAGCAUUCUGCCCUUCAGGCCUUGUCUGCCGAGUCUCACCCAUCCAACCUGCCUCACCUGCAGCCAAGGGCCUGAAAUCCAGAAAAGAAGCUAUGCCUGCAGGGCAGGACCUCGAGGAGAGGGGAAGGAGGGCUUUAUAAGCAAACUUACAGCAAUAUUGAGAGUGAAGGGAGGGCGGGGAAGAGGGUUGGAGGGGCAGAGACUGGUCCCCAGAAAGGGAAGCAGUAGCUUGUACAGUGGCUGAAAAAAUAGAAGAGUAUUGAUUUUUUUUUUUUUUAAUGUAUUUUGGAGGGGAGAGUGAAAUCUUUUAACACUUUGAAUAAAUUUAAGAGUUUUAUAAAACAGGCCACUUGUUUUCUACAUGCUCCCUGCUUUUUUAAGGGAGCACCUGCUGUGUUGGGACGGGCAGAAUAACCCCAUGCCUGUAGCCCUGGUGAAGACUAGGACUUCAGUGAUGUUGAGAGGUCAUGGUGUGUGCCAGUCAGCUGGGGGGUUUUUUUUGCUGUUUUUUUGUUUUUUGUUUGGAACAGUGGCUGUUCUAGACAAAUCAAAAAAAAGAGUUGAUUGAUUUUUGUUAGGUAUUUAUGUUUCAGGAAUCACUGGAUUUUAAAAAAAUUAUACUGUAUAAUAUGUGAGACAUGGGAUGGAUCUUUUAAUAUCCUAAUCCCAAACCAAGAUUUUUGAGUACAGUACAUCUCUAGAAAUACUAAGUUUAAUGAUGUACUGUAUCAUUUCAAAAGCUAGUGUAACCGAUUAAACAUGAUUAACUGCACAGUAACAACUUAAUGCAUAAUGAUGUAGAUUUUCACAGGCAUUUGAGCAACCAAAUCAUAUAGAGCUGACCUGUCCAGUAUGGUGGUCAGUACCUACAUGUGGCUAUUUACAUUUAAUUUAAAUCUGUAAAAAUGUAAAAUGAACUUUCUCGGUUGCACUAGCCACAUUUCAAGUCCUCAGUAGUCAGAAGUGUCUAGUGCCUAUGGUUUUGGGCUAUGCAAAUACAGAAAUUUAUAGAACAUUUCCAUAACUGCAGAAAGUUACAGUAGACAGUGCUGAUAUAGGAGGUUUGUAUAUUACAGCAGGAAAGUUUUACUAGUACCAGGAGGAUUCUUCGAUGUCAGUGACUCUUGGAAAAAUGAAUAUGAUGUAAAAUAACUUAAAAUGUAUUCUGUGAUUGUUUUUUUUCCUUGAACUUUUAGUUUUGACGCAUGUACUAUCCUGAUUAGAAAUUGACUUCUUAGAAGGGAAAAAUCACACUUUUGAUUUUAGUAUUUUCUUUGUGAAGAAGCACUUGUGUGUCUGCUCUUCCCACCCCCACUCCCCCCAGAAAAGUCCAGUUGGAUUAGAUUUACUGAAGUUUUCCCUUUUGACAAUAUAGCAGGUUGAAAGUACCCUAUCCUUAAUAACAGCUCUUGUGGAUUGGGACUUAAAGGGGCCAGGCAUUGUGCUGAGCACUUUGCAUACAAUAAUAGCUCAUUUGAUCACCUUGUGAAGUGGGAAUCGCUGUCCCUCAGGAAAAAGUCCCUGAGAGUUCAAGUAUCUAGCUUGAGGCCAAGCUACCAAGUGCACAGACUAGGCUAGAAUUUAAAUCAGCCUCCACCCGAACCCAGAACCUCAGUUUCUUUUCCUUGUAUUGAACAUAAGAGUUAUAAAGCUCUCUGUAGGUGCUUUACAUACGUUAGAACAGUGUCAGGCACGUAGCAAAGGCCCCACAAGCCUUUGCUCUUAUGACCGUUGAACAUUUUAAAGUUCCCUGUAGUUAAUAAUUGCCUUGUUUUUCACAUGCUUAGUUUUUUGGUGUGAGUAUCAUUUAUUCGAUGUUCAUAUCUCUAUCAGAAGUGUAAAUCUCCUUUGCUGUGUUCAAACACAUCAGGUAUUCUCAGUUUUACCUUUUUUCCCAUCCUCCUCCAACCUGAAUUGGUUACCCCAAAACAAAUGUAAUGUAAUCACCCCAUAUGGCUCAGCUAUAAAUGAUAUUUGCAAAGUCAUAAUAAUGUAAAUGUUCAGUGUUGUGACAAAUUAUAAUCAGAAGAUGGAGAAGUGUGUAUGUAUGAGGGGCAGUCCCUAAAAUAUCUGAAACUACAAAUGAAUAGAAAGUAUAUUAUUUAGAAAUACACAGAUUUUAGGGAAAAGAUUUGGAAGUGGUUGCCUCAAGGGACUGGAAGUUGGAAAUAGGGAUAGAUGGGGUGAGGGACAGCUGUUUAUCGUUUGACAUAAAUUCAAAUUUUUUUUUUUCAGUGCCUACCAUAUCCCAGACAUGGUUGUGGGAAUUUGAUUAGAAAGCGCGAACAAGGAAUCCUGUCUCAUAAAGCUUACAUUCUAAAUUAAAAAUAAACAUUUAAAAAUCUUCCAUAAGUAAAAUAAAUUUUAAAAAUGGUAAGCAAAGAGCACAGCACAGGGGCUGGCAAAUAGUACUAAAUAAAAGAGUUACCAGUUAUAAUUCGAAGGCCUCCAACUGCCAUGUUGGAGAACUUACUGGAAGCCAGGCAUGAGGG